GUACACAUGCGAGAAGAUGUUCCCUUGGAUCGGUUUCUUGGAUCAUCUCUCCUUCGCGAUAAGUGAUAGAUAAAAAAAGAAAGUGUGCAAGAGUGAAUCGAUAAAUCUCGUGAUAUUUAUAAAUCUUUAUUAUCCAUUCAUCCGAGGACAAAGUAUAUUUUCUUCGAAGAACUUAAAUCAAGGAGGUGAAUCGAAGAAGUAUCCUCGAAAAUUUAAAUUACGCGGGUAAUUGGCGAUCUUAAAAGGGAAAAUCUAGAUCAACGCGAUAUGCAUUGUACGAGAGUUUUCACGCGAAACGUUCUAUUUCAAGCGCACGUGGACACACUCGGAUCUCAUUGAAAUGAACGAAAUGACGACGUCAUUUGUUUCUCUCUCUUCGUGCUAAUGUCGACUCUCUCGUUAAGGAAUACCGGGAAGGUAUUUGGAGAAGGAUAACGCAUAAUGUAUGCGGUGAUUAUCGCGAUCGAAAACGUCGAAACGGCGAAACAACGAGGACACAAGGGGAGAGAGAGAGAGAGACCGAUCAUAUGGUCUAAUUUUAAUGCGAGUUGUUUUACCUUAGUGACCUAAAAAUAUCGGUGAAAUUCGAUUAGGCUAGAGCCUGCCGCCUUCCGUUGCCUGCGGCAUGCGAAGAGCAUCUAGCUAAGUAUUUUUAGGAAAAACUCUUCCAACAUUUUCACGAACGAACUCGUUUUACAUUGGAUAUACGUAUAUUAGUUGGCUCAUCCUUUUGCUUUUACAGCCAACAUAGUAUUGAUGACUAUCAAAGAGAAUACAAUUUUCUCUAUUCGAUCGUACGAAAUGCUUCGAUCGAUCGAUCGCUCUUUUACGAGCUAAUUCGAAAACUUCUUUUUUCUUUUAUACCCAAGAGGAAGAUAACGAGUUUUAUGAGAUAAAACAUUAACUUGUCGAAACUUUUCGGAGCAAUACAGAUUUAUGAAUGUAGAAGAAAGUAAUGGGAAGUAGGAUAGAAUCGUUAUCGAGCAUAAUAAACGAGAGAUCAGCGAAGACGGGAGUGUCGUCGUCGUCGUCGUCAUCGUCGUCGUCGUCGUCGUUGUCGUCCUCGUCUUCGUCGUCUUCGUCGUCGUCGUCGUCGUCGUCGUUGUCAUCGUUGUCGUCGUCGUCGUCGUCGUCGUCGUCGUCGUCGUCGUCGUCGUCGUCGUCGUCGUCGUCGUUAGAAGAUAAGACUGUUUGUGGCGAUUUCAUGGGAAGAAAACGUGUAUCAACAAAGGUGAAGAAAGAAGAGGCUGACGAGGAAAUUAGGGAAUAUGCAGCAACGGCAAUGAGUGAAUUGUUGGGAUGGUACGGCUAUGAAAAAGUUGACAGUGGCUACACCAGAGGCUUAAAUCUUGAUCACUUUGCACCCGUUGCAACUUCGAAACAUACCUUGCCUGAAAUGGAUCGACAGUUCAUAUUUAAUGGGGCUUCGUCGAGAUCGCCGAUGGCUACUAAUCAUCAAUCGGCCUUUUCUCAUUCUCUACGAACGAAAUUAAUACCUUCCUAUUAUUCUAACGAAAUUUCGAAGAAUCCCGAUAAAGUUUCGGCAACUUCUUCCUUAGAAAUCAAAACUUUACCGUCUACCUCACGAUUACCUUAUCACAACGACUCAACUUCGAGUAGUCCAGAUGAAAUGACGGACAUCGGACACAGAGUAAUAUCCUGUUCUUGGUGUGGACGAAUCGGUGAAACGUGGGAGCCAGGAAGAACGAAUCCACUCUCUUGCGGAAUGGUCAAUGCAUUGGGACAAUUUUGUAGCGAAGCAUGCUUUGCUGCUGGUCGAAGGGCCGCUUUCAAGAGAGCUCGUACAUGUGAUUGGUGCAGACAUGUACGAAAUCCGAUCAGUUACGUUGAUUUUCAGGAUGGCGAAAGUCAGCUUCAAUUUUGUAGCGACAAGUGCUUGAAUCAAUACAAAAUGAAUAUAUUUUGUCGAGAGACCGAGACUCACCUUGCCCUCCACGGACUUACCGCGAUCCCUUCCCAGAGUGAUGCUGGAAAGGGUGGUGGUGGACUAAUAACACCCGAGCUUUGGCUUCGAAACUGUCAGUCACCUCGUAGUUCGACGGAGGAAAUCCUUAUCGUCGACGAUGAGUCGAUUAGUAGGCUCUCGCCUUUGUCUCAGAACGUCGAAAUCGAUCGCAAAGAAUCGAUCGAUGUUGCGAAAUCUGAAAAUAUGUCUCUCAAGAUAAUUAGAAGAAAUUCCUUUUGCACGCGAACGGACGUUAAUGCAACAUCGAGAGCAUUCGUAAGGAAGACGGAGAACGCAGAUGAGAAGAUGAGCGAGGACGGCGAAAGUAUUCGCGAGACCGUUAAGGAAACAUUGAAAGAUCGAGAAUAUCAAAAGUAUUAUCAUUGCGCGAACGAUCGUAUACAUUGUAGACUUCCUUAUUCCGAUUCGAAUUUGUUAAAUCUUAGCCAAUCGGGAUCGUCUUUUGUAGAUCAUAACAAACAACAUAUGAUAGGAAACCCGAUGGACGGUGGUGAAUUGCACGAUAGGCAUCAAAUCUAUAAAUCUGCUAUGGAACAAAAAACUGAUAUACACGUGAAGAACGUGAAAGGAUUGCGAGGUAGAGAAUCCAGAAGUCGGGAAAAUGUUCGAUACUCUCAACAGAGGAAGUUUCGAAAAUCCUCCCCUUGGAUUCCGGAGACAUCUUCGUCGCCUAUACAAUCGGAGGCAGCGCCUUCGCCCGGCUCCUGUACCGACGAAUCCAGACAACGCAAAUAUCCCUCGGAUCUUAGGAUGUAUACCGACACGCCAUCGGUUCAUCCUGUUCAAUCCCAAUUUUCAGCCCAGGCUCCGUCCACGUCGUUGUUACCUCCCGUGACGAUACUCGUACCUUAUCCUAUACCAAUACCAAUUCCAGUUCCUAUACCUAUACCACUUCCCACAUCGAUCUUUGCCAAAUUUCUAACUGAGAAGAAAGAAACGGACUCCGAUCGAAAGAGUUCUACCUCGGACAAUUUAACGGAUAGCGUUAUUUCUAUGACGGAUCAUACGAGAUCCGUAAAAACCAAUUCCCCGUCUGAGACUCCUCCGGGACCGGACAAGUGUCACUUUACGGUAAUUUCUUCCAAUAGCGACAGUGAACAUUCUACCGCGAUAUCGAGUAAGAACAUAGUUUCGAAAAGUUCUACGAGGUCGUUGAGAGAGAAGAAACGCGUUAAUGAGAAUACGGAAAGUACCGAUCGUCAAUCAACCAAGCGAAGAAGUAAAUUUCUAACGACUUAGGAACUUUGUGCAGCGUUUAGACAUUUUUAUAUUAUUUCGAUUAAAUUGUCAUUAAAGUAACUAUUUUCAAGAUGA